AUGAAAGCUGCAACAGCUGUUGUUGCCAAGAUGGCGCAUAACUUGACAGAAGUAGAGGUUCCCCUAGUAGUAGAACCGGCUGGGGACCGAGGAAAAGGUGUCUUAAGGCGAUGCAGGGGGCGACCCAGGCUGACAGAUUCAGACCGAGUACAGCGACGCCUUGAAUCUCGAAAGAAGUACGAUAUUCGGAGGGUUUACCUAGGGGAGUCGUACAAGCUCUGGAGUGAGCUGCGAAGGCGGACAAAUCUGAGUGAUGCUGGACUGGCAGCCAUGUUAAUCGUGCUUCAUUCCACAUUUGGGGAGAAAUAUCAACAGAGACACUCCGGGAAAACUAUUACCCCAGGGGGGCCAGAUAAGUCUGCAAAUAAAAGAGAAGUCUGUUGUUCGUCAGUUAAGAGGGAGCGUGAGUCAAGUCUCCAUAGUCUGGUGUGUUGGUACCAGGAGCAUUUACGUUCCUGCCCACAUGAGCCCCAUCUCAGAUCCCUGGAGCCCCAGCCCAACUUCUCUACCGCUGUCAUCUGGCAAUGUGACUCCGACCAUUCAUUUGUGCAGCACCUUUUCUCCCCGCUGAGUGAGGCAAGUGACUCUGAGUGGGAGGAGCGAGAAAACAGAGAGGACGAUAGGGAAAAUGCUGCAAAAACAGACUUUUUGUUGCCGAAAAGGUCAUCAAGCCAGAAGAGAAAAACUACCGCACUAUUAAAAGAUUUAGGAGAAACAAUAGUUGUUCCUGAGGAUCGGGACACGACCACAAAUGACGUAGAACAGACUGAAGUUCUAACACACCAUGCAAGUGUGGAGGGCUCCUCCAAUGAUGUCUCUCUGACAGUCCCGCAUGUGUGGGAAAUGGAGAUGGUACUAGAGCGACCGCAAGGCUCCCCUGAAGCAAUGUUUCACUCCCUCACCUCAGAAGAGGAGAUUGAAGAUGUGAGGCGAAGCCAAGCUGAAGGUGCAUCAAGAGGACUUGGACAAGAGCAAGAAGAAGAACAAAUUGUAUGCAAUUAUGAGUGUGUUACUGUGGGAGCAUCUUUUGUCGAUAAACUCCGGAACACCGAUGAGGACUUAAGUAAUUCGGUUCCAACCAGUCAGCAGGAAGUGUUGGUCCCAUGUCCCAUUCAGGCAGAAGAGAGAGGGGAACUGUUUGACCCACACUCUUUGCAGACGGUGGUGACUAGUUGUCACAUUCCUAAUCAGCAGACAAAUUUAGAAAGCUCACAGCUGAUUAUCAUAACUGGCCCCAGUUAUGAGGCUCUUACCCAUGAUAGCAUUCAGCUCAGUGUGGGCACUGGUAAUGUGGAGGACGACGCUUGCACUGUCAUCGCGGGCGUCACCUACAACCAAGUUUGUCAGCCUGAGUCAAAAAUCCAACAAGCAGACUAUGAAGACUCUGUUACAGGAUUAAGUAACAAGGAGCUGCUACAGCCCACUGUUGACAAUCUGGAGCUAAAAAGCAAUCGAGAGUUGCAGAGGCGUCUGAGCAGAUCCAAGAGAAACAGACGAGGCCCAGUUAUUGAAGCUGACGGGAUGCUCAAGAUGUUCCACUGCCCAUACGAGGGCUGCAGUCAAGUAUAUGUAGCCAUUAGCAGCUACCAGAAUCAUGUCAACCUAGUUCACAGGAAAGGCAGGACAAAGGUUUGUCCACAUCCAGGCUGUGGAAAAAAAUUCUAUUUAUCUAACCAUCUACAUCGCCAUAUGAUCAUACACUCAGGUGUGCGAGAUUUUAUCUGUGAAACGUGUGGGAAAUCUUUUAAGCGUAAAAAUCACCUGGAAGUUCACAGACGGACUCACACGGGAGAGACACCAUUACAAUGUGAAAUCUGCGGCUAUCAGUGUCGUCAGCGUGCGUCUCUGAACUGGCACAUGAAGAAACACACUCCAGAAGCACACUACAACUACACUUGUGAGUUCUGCGACAAGCGCUUUGAGAAACUGGACAGUGUCAAAUUUCACAAGCUGAAGAGUCACCCAGAGAAGCUGUCCUCUUGAAGAGUUCACACUAUGAUUAAAAGCAAGGAGACCCUU